AUGCCGCUGGGGAAAUAUUACUGCGAUUACUGCGACAAGCAAUUCCAAGACACCCCCUUCGCACGGCGGCGCCACCUCCAAGGCGUUCAACACCAGAGAGCCAAAGCUCUCUGGUACGACUCCCUGCGCUCCCAGAAUUUGUCUCAAAUUUACGACCCAGACUCUUUUGGAAAAGGAGUUUGCAAUCGCUUUCUCCGUACGGGGUCGUGCCAAUACGGAGAUUCUUGUAAAUAUUAUCAUCCCAAGCAGAAUGUCCCAAGCAUAAACACUCGAGGAUUAGCAGGGCCGAGCUUCAUGAACAGUGAUGGGCAGGAAAGCAUUACUAGGACUCAGUUGGGUGGAGAAGCUUCUAUGCCUGCUACGAUGUUCAGAAAUCAAAUGGGAACUUCAGUCGGAAACCUACCUCCAUCUUUAUGGCCUCCUCCAGAUGGUGGAUAUCCACCUCUCCCCUUUGUCGACUGGGGAUAG